AUGAAUGACCGAAUACGCUUCAUCUGUUCAACUAAUGGCGCAGAAUGGGCAGCUAUCCAUCGCGUAAAUGAACAAAAAGCUAUGGAGUGCCAUAGCCCACAAAAAUUUAAAGAUUCUUUGGUUGGAAUAUGUUCAAGAGCGAAUGAUUCAAUAAUUAUUCGCUUGCGAGAAAUCCCCAUGCUUCCAAACGAAAUGUCUUAUAAAUCAGAUCACAACUACUUUUUUAUAACAACAUCUACCGGUGACAAAGAUGGUUUGGAAAAUAAUGUAGGUGGUCUUUGUCGUACAAAUAAUAUGAGGUUAAAGAUUCGGGUGGAAUCGAAGAGAACAACUCCAAGUCAUAUAUUUUCGGAAAUUACUAUAAAAAAUGCUCCCGUUAUGAUGAUUCCAGUCCAUUCUGGUUCAUAUGUUCCCGUUGUUUACGUUCCUGUAAGUACUAGACAAUUUGAUUUUCUUCCAUUAUAUCAUAUUUUUCAGGUUGAUACUUUAGCCAGUGUAGGUAAAAACGACAAAAAAAGACCAAUAUUUCCGUAUCCUUUGCAUUUUGAAAAUGGGCAACUUCGAACCAACAAUUCCAACUUUAAAAAGUCUAAACCUGGAACAUUAUUUGAUGUUGGAGAUGAACCUAAAGUUGAUCAAAUUUCAAUCUUCGGUAAUAAAUUAGAUGAUACUGUUGUAUCCAAAUCUUCUAAAGACAAAGCAGUUGAUUUUGAAGUAGAAUAUAUGGAUUCAGCUAGUAAAAGUAAAUUCAAAAAUUCAUAUAUUACAGUAAGGAUAUGCCUACGGAUUUUUUUAGCAAUAAAAUUCUGUUUUUCGCAAAAUUUUAUAUAGCG